GGACAGGAGGGGGGCGUGGACUCCGGGGUUUAGAAAUUCAACCCAUUGUUCCACUCCAACGCGCGAAGAGAACACCUCUGUGGAGCCGCCGGCCAAUCAGCACCCGGCAAACUCCUCUGAGCUCCGCCCACCAGCCUAUAUUAAACGCGCGGCCGUCGAUAGCGUCCGCCACUGGCACAAUAUCACACCGACCAAACCACCGACCCGAGGAGAGGGAUUUACUUUAUUCAACCUUUCAUUUUCAGCCGUCCUUUAUUUUAUUGACCUAAAACAAUGGCAGACACACAAGUUGAGACCGGAUCGGAGAUCUCAUCCAAGGACCUGAAGAAGCAGCUGGCGGAGGAGAAGAACGGCAAAGAUGCCGCCACCAACGGGAAGGAGAAAGAGGAGAACGGCGAGCCCGACUUAGACGAGGAAGACGACGAGGAGGUUGAUGAGGAGGACGAGGAAGACGACGGAGAAGGUGAUGAGGAAGACGAGGAGGACGACGACGAUGACAUCGAGGGCGGCACAAAACGGGCGGCUGAGGAAGACGAUGAAGAUGACGAGGUGAGGCGGCGACAACCGACCUUCACCACCAGGAAUCUGACCAAUCAGCAUCUCGCCUUUUAACCCCUCAGAGGAAGGCAGCGUGCAAGAAAUGAGCCAGAAAUUCACUAGAAAUGAGUCAAAAGUACAAACGAAUUACCUGCAAAUUAAACAAAGCACACAAAAAACACAAGGAAAUUACCCAAAUAAA